GUCGAGCCUCUUUUUCUCUUUCCUCGCUAUUAAUGACUAAUACUUCGCCUAUACCAAGUCCUUCAAGCCAACCACCAAAAAAGAGAAAGCGUCCUUCCAGCCAUGAUGAAUCCGACAAAUCCAGGAAAACAGAUCAAAUUAGCAGAGACAGCCAUAGUGAAGCUUCCACCUCGCCACAGGUUGCGUCCACACCACCUUUUUCUCCAAUGAUGUAUCAACAACAGCCUGGUCCUCAACAUCCGCAUGGGCCAUUUGGUCCACCAUCGUGUCCGCUACCUCCUCCUUUGGUUCAGAUUCAUCCACACAUGGUGUCCGUCAUACCAGGCACGGCAACAGCAUACUAUCAUCCUGGGUUGUCACCGCAGCUUUAUCCUCAUUACGGCCCUCCUCAGCGAUAUUCGCCCACAUCGGCUGUAGUUUCGGCUCCCAAUUCACCACAUACCUCAAUUUCUCCAGCCGGCACACGGUAUAAUGCUAUACUUCCCAAGAAAGAGUCAGAGGCUGCGGAUUCGAAGGGAACGAAGGGGGCUCCUCAACCAAUGUCUACCAUGCCACCACCGUCACCUAAUAUGACAUAUACUCAGCAUGCACCCAUGUAUCAUCCUGGCCAUCAGUACGUGCAAAUAUCACCACAAUUACCUCCCAACAUGGUUCCGGUGACCCCGCCGACGUCUGGGUAUAUGCACCCAAACCUCUCCCCAUCGUUAAGCCCCUCCUUUGACGGUUCAGAUCGCAAUCGCAGAGUUUCUUCUAUUUCCUCACUCGGGACCACAGCUGAUCAACGAGAACAAGCAAGGAAGGAAUCACAUUCUGCUAUUGAACGUAGACGACGAGAACGCAUUAACGAUAAGAUUUUGCAAUUGAAACAACUCAUACCAUCAUGUGCGGAUCAAGAUCAUUUGCACAAAAUGAGUAUUCUUCAGAGUGCCAUCGAUUACAUCGCUUAUCUGAAGGAAGUCAUAGAGAAACAAGGUGGCAAGGAUCUCUUGCAUGGCAAAUUAGCCAUUAAGACCGUGCGAUCCAUGUUACCAAAAGAGGUUGAGGCGUUCACUGGCCAAUUUUCUGUCAAAAGUCGAACAUCCAUCAGCUCAAUGGAUUCCAACACGCCCUCCCCUGCAUGGACAGCCAAGCAAUCUACUGAAAUCGUACAGCAAAUGGAUCUUGGGCCUCCUCUGGCGGUCCCCACAAAGGAAAGAGAACAAGCAGAAGAAGAUGAGCAAUCAGAGUACCAUAGCGAGUCGGAAUCGUCUACCUCCUCAAAAUUGGCUGCUGUUGCUGCUACAGAGACCAAGGAAAUUGAUUCAUCCUCGCGAUCACCAUCAGGCAAAGCUUCAGAUGAUGGCUAUGACUCUGCCACCACUCCUCUUAAGCCAAGUGAUCUCAUGAAGAAACCUCUACGACAAACAUCGCACCCACCUAAUGAUGCAACCACUGAUAACGUUACGGAGAAGGACGCUACGAAGGCUAAUGAGAAUGAUACUUCUGCUGGUCCAGAGCAAUGUGCUCGUUCCCUUCAAGCUCAACAAAACGAGAGCUCCAUGAGCGUUAGUCAGAUGCUUUGCUGAAGAAGGAUGAGUACACACGCAUAUACUUAUCCAUCAAGCGCAUUUUCCUACUAUUUCCGCUCUUAAUAUCUCUGGCCGGGCGACUUAGACAUGCAUUUCACUCUAUUGUCAUUUCGGAUGAUAACGCACACUCCUGUAAAUAGAUGCCAUCAAUUCAUAUUCAUACCUAGUUGCAAUCGAAAACCACAAGGUAUACCUUGGUUUCCUCUGAGUGUUAGUAAAAUGAAAACCAGAAAAUAAAUACACCCACACACCCUUGUUUCAAAUUU